AUGCAGGUAACGCUGUCGCAGGCCGGGCACCCCUGCUCGCUGUCCCUGAGCCUGGACAAGUACAAGGGCAUGGCCGAGGUCUCGCAGGCCCUCGAGGCGGGGAUGACACCCGUGGUGAGCUACUGGAGCAGCGACGAGAUGCUGUGGAUGGACGGGCAGGGGAGCGACGGCCUCGGGCCAUGCGAGAAGGACGCCGCCGAGCAGUGCGGCGACACCGUUGCAUUCUUCGACUUCUCCGUGGGCGACAUCGAGAAGGGCGAGAGGUGUCCAGGCAGCGUGCGGGUGGCGGGCUACGGCCAGGUCGAGCUCGUGCCCACAGGCCUGCCCUCUCUGGCGUCCUCUCGCUUCGCUCUGUCGCCGUUCGGCGUGCCCGUCGGUGUGUCCUCCGGCGUGCCUGCCAGCGUGCCCUCGGGCGUGCCCUGGUGUACCUUCCGCGACACCCCCCCCGCCGUGCCCCUCGGCGCCCGCCGCCGCAGCUGGUCCGAGGCGAUGUCCCUGCUCCCGCCCACCGCCGCCCCACCGGCGGCGCCGCUGCCGCGGCCCGCCGCGCCGGCGCGCGCGCGGGCGCGCGAGGGCGCGCCGCACGCGGGUGUGCCGCGCGCGCCGGCGGCGCACGCUGCGGCGGGGCUGCUGGGCGCCGGGGGGCUCCUGGCGCGAGCGAGGACCGCGGGCGGCGGAGUGGAGGACCUGCUCCGCAGAACGGGCACCACGGUCAAUUUCCAGUUCUUCUACGAGUUGAGCAUCCGCACGGACGGGGUGUCGCUGUCCACCAACCCUCAGGGCAGCUGGCUGGCCAGGGAGUCAGGGGGUUUUGGCUCGGACACGCAGACAUUCAACCAGACGGCACAGAUCAUCCUGUCCCUGGACAGCUACAUGGAUACCUUCGCGCAGUUCAACGUGAGCAUGCCGCAGGCAUUCUACCCGUUGAUGCAGGAGGACUCUUACGGCGAGGUCAAGACGCUGCAGCCUCCGCAGGACGUGACUCUCGAAUUCGAGCGGCCCUCUAACGAUGACCAAUCAGCCGUAGCCGAGUUGCCCUAUUGGUCGCUCAGGGUGGACGGAUCCAAGCCCAUGUUCGAGGUGGAUUACGAGAAAACGACGCCGCCUCUCUUGGGUUCACCUGGGUCUUUGACAAUUAUCGGCAUCUACGCCACGGUCAUCUACACCAUAGGACGAAUCCUGCGCCUGUACUUCCAAGAUCGUUCGAAGUUUGUGCUCUACGAGGAGCUCCCUGACACCCAGCUGCUGCUGGACCUGUGCAACGGCAUCUACAUCGCCCGCAUUCAGGGGCAGCUCGUGGCCGAGUACCACCUGUACUACGAGCUCAUCCGCAUCCUCCGCAGCCCGGAGCUCCUGCUCGAGGUCUCGCAGCGCAGCCGCGCGACCCAGCUGGCCCGGCGAGGCACAGAUCUCGACGGCGGCACCUUGGGCGGCCACGGCACGGGCAGGCCCCCGUCGCCCCUGCCGCCGCGCCUGGGCCGCUCCUCGCGCUCGCUGGCCGCGGCGGCCAGGACCCCGCACGGAGCCGCGGGCGCGCGCUCCUGA